AUGGCAUUUUAUAUAGGACGAAGACGUGAAUUGAACCUGCACAUGGUGAAUUCACAAUCCACUACCGUGAUCCACUUGGCUACAUCUGGCCCCUUAUUUAAGCUUUGCUAA